CGGGACUGUACGUAUGUAAACGUCGCAACAGUUCGUGGAGCUACCUGACGAAUGGAUCUUGUCCAAAAUAUAUAUGCCAAGCUAGUUAACUAAGUUGGGCAGCCACUAUUUCGUUCCACAGUUGACUUCUCCCCACUACUAUCAAUUUGGUCCAGAUACGCCACAAAGAUGCAGAGAUGGGCGGAUAACAGUGUGCCUGAGACUACGAAAACAAUGAAAUACGAACUUUCUUCCUUUACAGUCCACACCAAGAGCCCCUUUGUCGAUCUAAUAUGCGGAUUUAGGUUCGAUGUUUGUCAUGUUGGCACAAGCCACUCACUUCUUUCCAAAGAAAACAUCCACACAUAACCCAGUGUUUCUGUUUUCUCAAGGCCUGCGAAUGAGGGCUGUCGAAGAUGGAAGGGAAUGACUCUACCACGGUUCCGGUGUGCGCAAUCGUCAAAUCGUGCCGGAGAAACAACAUGCGUCAUCGAGAAACGCCAGCCAAAGCGGUUAUGAAGGAAUUUACACACAGGAACUGGCAUUACAUAAAUGUGUGAAGGGCGUGGUGAUGAUGAAUAGCGCUAUCCUUAGGAUCAUGCCAGGAAUUCGGACUCUCCAUGCGAGUAACCCGACUGCAGUGCAGAUGUCCUUUUCAUCGUGACCAGACGGGUAGCGGGAUUCUACAUUCUCUUCCAGGUACGGAGGACAGCGUUGCAAGUUUGAAUCUUUCUUCGCAACUCAGAUUGGCGGUGCCACAGCAAAUUUUUCGAGAAACUUUCACACUUUUGGCGCAGCACAGGAGUUCUAUCUUUGCAACCAAACAGGAUUCAUUGUUCGAUGACAGAAAAGCAAUUUACGUGCGUAGCCGUUGUAUGUUGGGCUACAGAAGAAACAAAAUCCUUUCUUUCUUCUCUGUUGUUGAAAUGGAGAAGUCGAAGCGUUCGGCUUGCGCCCUGUUUCCUCCCUACUAAAAUUUCCCGACUGGUUUUCCAUCUCUCAUGGAUCAUUCCACUAAUUCUACGGAGUACUUAUCUAUAUAUACCUUUGAAAGAUAUUCGAAGAUCGGGAACUUGCGGGUUAUGCCUGAGAGAAAGGUGCUUUAGCUCUCUAUCGUCCCGCCAACUUCAACCCGUAAAGAGUUCCCGUCACAAAUCCAACCGCCAAUGGCCUUCGUCGCAUAUGGAAACCCAGUGUCACUACGAUUCUGGAUAAUUCCACUCGGUGGGGGAAUAUUACUCUCCAUUACUCUGAUUUCACCGCCCGAAAACAUGCGAGAGGAGUUGGAAUUCUCAAGAUUUACGCACCACGGUGAAUACCAGGAGUAUCCUGUUGUCCUUCAGCUUUUGAACUUUCGCUCCAGGCCGUGAUGCGGAGUAUUCCUGAUCAUUUCACCACAUUUUUCUCUGCAAUAGGAGGAUAUAAGAUACGCACGAAUUCAUUUCUCUUAUGCUUUCCUCUCUUUUCUUCUUGGAAUGUUGUCACUCCGAGAUGAAUCAGCCCGGCGUGUAUAAUCAAUCGACUUGCUUGCUUUUCGUUCACAAUAUCUCCUGGUGAGUGCAAAAUAUCUUCGGAUCCAACCUGUUCCAUUUCGUCCCCAAUUUUCUCUCUUUCAGUUUUCCCCAUGUAUACGCCAUCUUCGCCACAUUUAAAGCCGCCACCUCCUCUUAGGAAUGCAUCUGAAUUCGACAAAACAACGAAACCUCCCUACUUCGAAAGCCACCGGUUCCUCGAAAACCUGUUCGCGGAUGUUCGUGUGUGCGUUCUUGGGGCCAAGGCGGAAGACCUACAAGUUGUCACCCCUGCCGGCAAUAAAUUCGUUGAAACUGUGCAGUACCUCCAUUCAAAGCUCCACGCUGCAACAGACUUGGAGCGCUUUGAGAAUUUCUCUCUGAAUGACUUCUUGAACCGUGUUCUCAAAUUCAGACUCAACUCUGACAAAGCUGGAAAUAACCAGGAUAGAUACGAAGCAAUCCUGAGGGAUAAACCCUUCGCUGAUGAGGAAAGUGACAACUUCAGCGAAAGACUAACUUUUAAAAAAGAGUUCGAACAGGCCAACCAGUUUUGGCUAUCCCAACUUGCCAAACUCCACAUUGCAGCUCUCGUCAAAGUGAAAAACUGGCCAGAGCGUAAGGUGCAAGCCGAGGGAACCGAAGACUUUGAGAAAGAAUAUACAACGUAUUUCCUUUCCGAUGAUGAACCUAAAGAGAUCUUCCGGUAUGCCCUCCGAUGCAUCGCAUCACCUGGAAGCAACGAUGGCAACACACGGUCUGAUGAUGCUGCUGGAACCCCAUCUCGCGAGUCAAAUAUCUCGAGAGGUGAUGCCGUGACCAUGCUCCAGCGUAUCAAUGCUACCGGAACCCCAACUCAUGGCUCUAAUACCCUGAGAGGAGGCGCUGUGACCAUUCUGCAGCGUAGCAAUACUGCCGGAACCCCAUCUCGCGGCUCAGAUACCCCAAGAGGCAGCUCCAUGACCAUACUGCAGCGUAGAAAUACUGCCAGAACCCCAUCUCGUGACUCCAAUACCCCAAGAGGAGGCGCUGUGACCAUUCUGCAGCGUAGCAAUACUGCCGGAACCCCAUCUCGCGGCUCAAAUGCCCCAAGAGGCGGCACCAUGGCCAUACUGCAGCGUAGUAAUACUGCCGGAACCCCAUCUCGUGGCCCUAAUACCCCGAUAGUAGGCACUGUGACCAUUCUGCAGCAUAGUAAUACUACCAGAACACCAUCUUGUGGUCCUGACACCCUGAGACGCAGCGCCGUGGCCAUACUACAGGGUAUCAAUGCCGCCGGAACCCCAUCUCACAGCUCAAAUACCCCAAGACACGGCGCCGUGACCAUACUGCAGCGUAGCAGUACUGACCGAACCACAUCUCGCAGCUCUAUUACCCCGAGAGGCGGCGCCACGCCCAUGCCCCUGCCGAGCGAUGCAGAUGUAGCUCAUUUAUUCAUUGAAGAUGACUUUCAACUACAUGGCGACGACAACGAUGAUGAUCAGCGUACAAUACGUGGGGUUAAUAACAAUUCCUAACUAGGAAAAGUUCGCUCAUACUUUGGCUUUCGAGUUCUUUUCUCCUUUUUUUAUUUUUUUCAUCUCACACACCGUUUGUGGCUAAAAACGAGUUAAUAGGAACGACUUAAUAGAUCUGUUCCUGCUCCCCUUUAGCCAAAUUGCUACUCGUAUAAUUCUUUUACUUCCUUAUAUUUGUCAGUAAAGGCAAAAAAGGAGUAGAGCCUUAGAAGGAUAAGAAAGGAGGAUGGGUCAAGUUAUGAGCGGAAACGAAAUAACCAAAGCUUCAUGUAUCAUCUCGGGAGGGCGUGGUAUAUAUAGAUAGAUCUACUUAAUAUUUUGAACCAAUUCCUAAUUUUAAUCAUGGCGUCUCUAAGAUGCAUCAGAUAAAAUGUGCACAUGUACUCCAUACACGUAUUCUAAGGUUAAUUUCACUCCUGACCGACCAAAUGAGGUCAUGCGACAAUGAACCAACUUCAUACCAUGGUGUAGAAUUAAAAUCCUACCGCCUAGCUGUGUGUCUUCAAAUGUUGGGAUAUUUUAAUACGCAGUGCAAGGGUUUCCUCCAGGAGCGGCAUUCAACCGCACCACUGCAUCCGUCCGCCUCACUAGAAACCAUACAUCGAGAGAGAAAUUCCUUGGGAAAUUCAGCACAGUUCCCAGAAACUAGAGGAAAUAUAACAGAUAAAAGCAAGGUAAAGAAGUCAUAGGAAAGGCUAUAGGAGCAAUUAUCAAUUGAAGGGUAACUAAGGACUCGAACUUCAAAAAAAAAUCUCUGGAAAGAGGAAGUGAUGAAUGAGUAUGUAUAGUACGUCGCGUAGUACAAAUGAUCGAUCGCCUCCAUUCGCCGCGGCAAUUCAAC